AUCAAGAAACUAAGCUUUAUCACGAGGUGAUGAAAACCCCUUACGUAACUAACCACGAACCUACCCUACGCCUGCUCGCCGCCAUACUGAAUUACAGUUCAAUUCCUUUUCACUCACUUACCAACCAAUGCGCAACGACGCGAAGCGUGAAGGCGCCACCGAACUAUUCGGUGGAACGCGCGCAUCGCGCGGUGCCAUCGGGGGAAACAUACUUCAUGCGCAAGCCAAUCGGUAACCGAAAGUCAUGUGCAGAAUGUUCUCCGCGCUCUGGUGCCAAUGUCCUAAACAAGUACAAGAAUAUACGUCCUCGGCACGUGGUUCCGGUUCCGAUGACAGCGCAUAGUCUUCGCGAGAACGCUACUUCCGCUGCAGCGAUCGAAAGCGUUGAAGAAAAUCAAAUAGCAGUUAGUGCUGCGUAUGGUGGAUGCUUUCUCUUGAAUAAAAGCAGGAGCGCAUAUCUAAUUUUCUUCUUACUUCCAAAAGUUAUUGAAAAACAUGAAAAUUCCAGCUCUAAAUCAAAGUUGGAUGAUCUGAAUGAGUGAUGCAUGCUAUUAUACAUGCGCACUCGAACUUCAUCGGGGUUGUCAUAUGAGCUUAGGCAUAUUCAAAAUUGACAUUUGAACGAUCAAUGCAAAGGAAUUUGUACUGCUCGUUUCCGGAAGGAAAACAAAACGAUGAAGAAUAUCGAUGAUCAACUGAGGAUCUACAACGGUCUGUAGUGAUCGUAU